AUGAAUUUUGCUCUUUACAUAGUUUUCUGGCCUACUUUAUUCACGCUGGUCAUAGGAAACGAUUGGAAGAAUGUGUUCCUUACUCAUGCUUUUGAACGAAAAAUCUCAGGAGUAAAUGAACAUUGCGCGAAGGACACCGAAAUGUGGCAAAAGUCUUUGAGGACGGUGGCAGAGGUUUCCGUUGAAUGCCUGUUGCACAAAAAGUGUACGAAGGGAGAAUUGAAAAUUAUUGAGGAGAAUUUUUAUGCUGUUGAGCAAUACGACACGUGGGGCAAAAUCCCGUUGACUGGUCUGUUUGAAGUUCCACUGUUAUUUGAUGGGUCUUAUCAAGAAUGUGAAAGAAUAAGUGGGAAUAAGUAUGAAACAAACUAUUGCUACAUGUACUUAGUACCGGGAAAAAACGCCAACUGCGACUCAUCUGUUUUCUCUUAAAGCAGUUUGCAUGCCAUACUCCUGCAGUGAAAAAGAUCUUCCAACAGUCUAUAAUCAAAUCUCCAAUCAACCAUUCACGGCUUGUAAGGCAUAUUGCUCAAGUUACCCGGUAGAGAAAACUCCCGCAUUUUGGGGAUUCACUUCUUUUAUGGCAGUGAUGUUUGGUAUAGCUCUUUUGGCAACAGUUAUUGAUUAUUUGAAAGAUGCGCUGAAACAAGAGGAUCAGAAGAGGAGUGACAGUAGAAUUCUUCAAAUUCUAUUAACAUUCUCAUUAUGGACUAAUGCAGAGCUGCUAUUGAGUGUGAAAGAGCAAAAACCUGGAUUUAUAAAAUGUUUGGAUUGUAUUCGAUUUGUUUCAAUGCUGUGGGUUGUUGCAGGGCACACGUUUACUUAUUUGAUGCCUCCUGAUCAACUACUAUCAGUCCUCCCCUUCACUGGUAAAUUCUGGAAUCAUGUCAUUAUGAACGCCUUCUUCUCUGUGGACACAUUCUUCUUAUUAUCAGGGCUCGUAGUUUCAUAUCUCUUUUUUAAAACUAAAUUAAAAGUAUCUCAAAUCAAAAGUCCAAUCACAUGGAUUCUAUUCUACGUGCAUAGAUAUCUCCGGCUGACUCCUCCAAUUAUGAUAUUUAUUGGAUUUUUCACAGUUUAUGGUUUUUAUAUUCAAGGCCCUGGAGUUGCGUCACAGAUGUAUAAAGAAAACGGUGAGGUGGAAGUCUGCGAGAAGAACUGGUGGAAGAAUUUGAUCUACAUUAAUAAUCUUCUUCCGGAUGCUAGUCAGUGCUACGGGAUCACGUGGUACUUGGGAGCAGACACUCAGCUCUACCUAGUUGCUCCAGUUUUCCUUAUCGGGCUCUAUUUCUCGUUUGCCAUUGGAACAGCACUCCUUGCUGCAGCGACUAUUGGAAGCAUCAUUACUGUGUAUAUUUUGUACAACAUUUAUGAUUUUCCUGCGGACUUUUUUGGAAAUGGCAAAAACACAUAUUUCUAUGAUAUGAUCUAUGACAAGCCUUGGAUCAGAGGUACUCCAUAUUUUAUAGGAAUAUUUGUUGGAUAUCUACUUGCAACUUAUGGCAAGCGGAAAGUUCGAUUGAAUUGGGCACUUGCAGUAACUGGAUGGCUUGUGGCGUUUUCGCUGGCAGCUUUAUGCCUAUUUUUAACAUAUGAUUACGAUAAGAGAAUCACGUGGAGUAACUUCUCCCGUGCAACCUAUUACAACUUUUCGCGUAUUGCCUGGGCAAUUGCAGUUUCUUGGGUCAUUGUUGCUAACCAUAUGGGAUGGGGAGGACCAAUUGAUGCAUUCAUGUCCCAUCCAAUUUGGCAACCAUUUGGAAGGCUUUCGUAUUGCGCCUACAUUGUUCAUUAUGUGGUUUUGUACUUUUACCUAAUGAUAGGGGAUGGCCCACUUCAUUUUUAUUCUACUUUUCAGCUUUUCAUGUAUUAUGCUGUUCCAACAACAUUACUAUCCUAUAUUUUUGCAUUUUUCUGGAGUUGUCUAUUUGAAGUUCCAUUUUUAAAACUCGAAAAAAUGCUAAUCGAAACAAUGAUUGUCAGAGCUAAAGUUGGAUCAGGAAAAGUUGAGGAUAUUGAAAAUCAGAAAACAAUUAUGGACCCUAAAGAAAAUGAAUUAUGGGAUGUGGAUGAAAAAGAAGAGAAGGAAAUUGAAAUACGAAGUGAUGAUCAAAAGUUUUAA